AUGUUCACCGAUGUUGUCAUCCUCAGAAUGACUAUUGGUUGUUUGGCGACUGUCUUUGGGAUACCUGGUAACCUGGUAAUUAUAGGCGUAUUUACGCGUCAGGGGAUCAAAAAUGCCACAGAUAUCACCUUCAUCGCCCUUGCCGUCGUCGACCUCAUCGCCAGUAUCAUCAACGGGAUGAAGAUAGUCAUGGUGUUUUACCACGAUGAGCAUCCAUGGGCGUGCUUCAUCGAAGUCGUUGCAGCGAGAUCUGCCCUCUAUGCUGGACUGUUUCUCACAAUCUGGAUGGCCGUGUAUAGGUACCAAGCAGUGUGUAGGCCGUUCAAUAAGCGAAUCGGAAGGCGAACUGCUAUCUUGUUCGCUAUCGGGUGUGCCGUAGUCGCUUUCGUGCUCCAUAUCCCAUUCUUUUUCAUCACCACAUCAGUCAAACUCGGCAGUGAGUACGGGUACGGAUGCAAUGUCUACGGCAACAUUCCCUGGGGCCGGGAUGUUUACGCCAAAACACAGGCCAUUGUAUUUUGUGUUUCUGCAUUGGCCAUUUCAGUCUUGUACGUUCGGAUCUACAAGUUCAUACGUGCUCAUCAGAUAAUUCGUCAGAAACUGACGAUCGGAUCUGCCUUCGUUGGUCGAGAUCUAGCUAAAACUGUGAAUGACAAGAAACUGCCAACACCAUCAGCGAUUCCCAGCGUGUCAGCUACUUGUGCAACUGUCGCGAGUACAUCAGAACCUGAUGAAACCAACAGGCAGAUGACGUCAAUCAAAGACACUGGAAAAGCUCCACAUCACCCUACCAAUGAUAAAACGAAACCAUCAUCGAGCAAGCUUCAGAACACCCAAUCCGACCAUAAGACCACUAAGGUAGUCAUCAUCAUUACUGUCAUAUUCUUCAUCCUCUGGCUACCUAAUAUCAUCAUCGACCAGGUUCCUUUUCAUCAGCUCAACAGAGUGAAAGAAGUCAUCAUCUACACCUUCUAUCAAAUCAAAUAUAUCAGCCACAUCACCAAUGUGUUUGUAUAUUCAUUCACCUACCGGCGAUUUAGACAGACGUGCUGCAAAGUCUUUCACAGUCAGUAG